GUCUAGCCCACUUCGAGGAAGGAGGUACAAAUCUGUAACCACAGAGAUGAAAGACCUGCUGAUAUUGCGAAGGAGGAAGUGCCUGGUGCUGCACGUGCACAGAGAAUCCUGCCAUUGCUUUGAAAAGCCCGGAAGGUGGUUUCUUGCUCUACAGGAAAAGACUCCAAUGCCCAGCUGCGGGGCCAGGCAUGGGGAACCAGCACUGAACAAGUCGACGCAGCCCGCCUCCCGGAGCUUCGAGUCUGCGUCUAGAUCUUUCUCCAAAUAAACAGCCCCUCCCUGUUUGUCUCACGCGGGGUCACGUGGUACAGCCCCUUGCAUCCUGACUCCCCUCCUCCUCCCACAGCGCAUUCUGAUUGCUUCAGUGCCUCCAAAGAAGGGCAUCCAGACUGGCCCCAGGCCUCCUGGUGCCGUGCAGGGAGGUCAAGGUCGAGAAGAUUCAUCCUGAAUCAGGUCACGCUCUUGGACUGGUUUCAAAGCGCUCAACACCGGCCUUUGCAUUUUCAGCUCCUGCUCUCCAGUGGUCCCAAGAGGGAGAUGCAGCAGCCGUGACCCCGGCCUCGUGGAUGGGAGCGGCUGUCAGCUAUGGAGAAGGAUGCAGCCACGUGUCCACAUGAUCCCUCCUUCAUAAAACCUAAGCCACCUCCAGACACAUGCCCCAGUGCCUGUCUCUAUGCAGAACCUGGAGAGACGAGGCCUGCUCCAGGCCCAGGAGGGAGCCAGCUCUGAAGAGGCAAACUGAGGACGAGAGUUUGAACCACCAACUUUGCCUCCUCUCUGUUCAUGCUCAUGCGCUUGCCCAACACCUCCUAGGAGACUGACUAUUUAUUUCUAGAAAAAGCACUGAGUCGAUUACUGUAGCCUGCCACAAUUGGAUACUCCCUUUCGUCUCUGUGGGGCAGCCUGGAGCCCAGUGGCUGACAACACUGGCACAUUGGGGAGCUGGAAGAGAAGCAGCUAGGGGCUGUGGCUGAGGAAGGAGCUCGGGGUCCCAGGAUGGAGUCCAACGACACGGCCGCUUCCUCUUGCCUGGACUCUGCCGCGUUCAAGGUCACCGUUAGUGUGGUACUCACCAUCCUCAUUCUCAUCACUAUUGCCGGCAACGUGGUUGUCUGCCUGGCCGUGGGCCUGAACCGCCAGCUCCGCAGCCUGACCAACUGCUUCAUCGUGUCCCUGGCCAUCACCGACCUGCUCCUUGGCCUCCUGGUGAUGCCCUUCUCGGCUUUCUACCAGCUCUCCUGCAGGUGGAGCUUCGGCAAGGUCUUCUGCAACAUCUACACCAGCCUGGACGUGAUGCUCUGCACGGCCUCCAUCCUCAACCUCUUCAUGAUCAGCCUCGACCGGUACUGCGCCGUCACGGACCCCCUGCGCUACCCCGUGCUCAUCACCCCGGUCCGGGUUGGCGUCUCCCUGGUCUUGAUUUGGGCCGUCUCCAUCACCCUGUCCUUUUUGUCUAUCCACCUGGGCUGGAACAGCAGAGACGAGACCAGCGGGGUCAACCACACCAUCCUGCCCUGCAAAGUCCAGGUCAACUUGGUGUACGGCUUGGUGGACGGGCUGGUCACCUUCUACGUGCCUCUGCUGGUCAUGUGCAUCACCUACUUCCGCAUCUUCAAGAUCGCCCGGGAGCAGGCCAAGAGGAUCCAUCAUAUCGGGUCCUGGAAGGCGGCCACCAUCAGGGAACACAAAGCCACAGUGACGCUGGCCACCGUGAUGGGGGCCUUCAUCGUCUGCUGGUUCCCCUACUUCACCGUGUUUGUCUACCGGGGGCUGAGAGGGGACGACGCCAUCAACGAGACCUUCGAAGCUGUUGUUCUGUGGCUGGGCUACGCCAACUCGGCUCUGAACCCCAUCCUGUACGCGGCACUGAACAGGGACUUCCGCACGGCGUACCAGCAGCUCCUGCGCUGUAGGUAUGCCAGCUGCAACGCCCACGACACCUCUCUGAGGUACGACAGCUCUCGGCUCCCCAGGACUCGGAGCCAGGGACCCAGGCAGCAGGAAGAGAAGCCCCUGAAGCUCCAGGUGUGGAGUGGCAGAGAGGUCAUGGCGCCCCGGGGAGCCGCAGACAGGAAGCCUGCACUGUCCUGCACCGUGAGCUCCAGCAACCUUCUGAGCUGCUGCAAGAGUCUGUGGGCACGUCGGUUCCUCCAGAGACGCGGGGGAGGCCCCUCGGAGCAGCCACUGAGGACACCACCCUCCCAGGCUGCCUAGACCCGGCCCCAGGACACUGAAGAUACUGCUCCCGGUCACCAAGAUGUGACUCGUGGAGCCCCUAAGGGCCCAGUGGCCCCCAAAGCCACCGAGGAGGCCCCCUCAGUGACUCCCAGAGCACACACUGGGGUGCCAGGGUCCACAGGCCCUGUCUGUACUCAGCAUUCCCAGAGCGGUGUUCAGGACUUCUCUGAGCCCAAGCUCACAGUGGUGCUGGCCCUGAGUCCUGAGCAGAGAUGGGGGGACAUGCGGGAUGUGUAUACGUGUGUGCACGUAUGUGAACGUGCCCUCUGAGCACAGCAGAGGGUGUUGCCAUAAAGUACUAGCCUCUCGUUCCCUGUGGGUUCUGCAGGAUAAAGGGAGGGAAGGGAAAGGAGGAAAUUAGCCUUCAAUGAACACCUACUAUAUUCGAGGUACUUCGCCUGCAUGAGCUCCCAUAAUCCUUAUCACCCGGGACAAGGACCACUGUCCCUACUUUACAGAGGUGGAAACUGAGGCUCAGAGAAGCACGGGGCCUACCCAAGGCCACGCAGCUAGAAUGUGCGCCUGGCUCAUAGGAGGCACUGGUCCAACAGUUGUUGAAGGAAUGAAUGAAUGAACAAGUGAAGGAACGGGAGGAGGGGUGAAAAGCCAGGCCUCCAGCCCGUGUUCUCAACACAACACUACACUGCCUCUUGGGAAAGAGGUCAAGACGUUUCCUUGACUGAGCCCACCCGUGAGGCUCAGACGGAGCCUGGGGGUCCCUCAUGCUGCAGCAGGAGUAGACUUGCUGGGGAAAGUGUGCCGGGCCUCAGGGAGGGAGGGGAAGGAGUUGAGGGGAUGCAAUAGACCUGAGUAGAGGAGUUGACUCCCAGCACCCUCUGCUAGGAUGCAUGACCUUGGCCGAGUCAGGGGACCCCUCUGAGCAUCUCUACUCCCCCGUCCUGUGUAUAGGGUGGUGACAGCCGCAGAGAGGUGAAGGUGUCCAUGGACUCUCCUCGCUGACCACUGCGCCCCUGAGCCCACUCUUCCCCUCAUUCCAAGACCCCGUCCUGGUGUCCCCUCCCUGCCCACCAUGCCUUCCAGUCCCCCCUGUAGCUCCCUGUCCUCUCCCAGCCAUCAGUGUGGCUGCUCCCCGAGCCUCCUCUUCUCGAGGAGAUUUCUCUGCUUCUGUGGCCUCGUCUACACCCUGAAGACUGACCUUACCCAGAGACUUAUCUCUGAGCAGAUCUGUAUCUGGAGCCCAGACUCCUGGGAGCUUUCCCACUGCUGCCUCCACCGCGUCUCACCCUGAGCAUGUCCACAACUACCCUUGACCUUUCUCCCAGCACCUGCUCCUCUCCCGGGAUUCCCCUUCUCAGAUUUUGAAGGCUGAGGGUCAGUCCUGGCAUCCUCUCCACCUGCCCUGUCAUCGCUCCAUCCCACCGCCGACCCCUCCGUCAGGACCAUGAGAUGGCUUCUGGACCCCCCUCAGCAUUCCCCACUCGUCUCCCUCCAGCCCACGCCCCACCCACAGCCCCACCGCAAAUGCAAACUGUCUAUCCCAUGGCCCACCUUUCGGUCCAUGCACAAAGCUGUUUCCACAACUUGAAAUGCUUUUCCUGCCCACAAUCUCAGCUAAAAGCACUUCUGGAGGAAGUCUUCCCUGACCCUCCCUAUAGGCCAGGCCUGACGCACACCCCCAGCACUGUCCUGGGAAGCGCUGGCGUGGUUGUGAUACAUGGCUGUCUGUGAUUUCCUGGCCCCUGUUCACUCAGGAGGUCACGGGUUCUGCUUGUGUCUGUUUUUGUUGUUGUUUUAAUGUUUUUAUUUCAGAGAGGAAGGGAGAGGAAGAGAGAGAUAGAAACAUCAAUGAUGAGAGAGUCAUUGAUCAGGUGCCUCCUGGAUGCCCCCUAUUGGGGAUUGAGCCCAAAACCUGAACAUGUGCCCUGAUUGGGAAUCAAACCGUGACCUCCUGGUUCAUGGCCACUGAGCCCCACAAAGGGCUGCCUGUGUCUGUUGGCCACUGUAUGUCUCUAGACCCUAGAAGACUGUUUGGCACAUAGUAGGAGCUUUAAGCAGCUUAUCCACCAAUACACCAGAAGGCAUGAUUUCCCCCAAUAGCCACAAUUAUCCAGUCUCUUAGCUGGAUUCCUUCUGGGAGCCCCACAAUCCCCUCCUUGGAAGUUUUUUCCAGAGUCUAAGGCAGGUGGGUCUCUAAGUCGUGGCCAAAUCAUUGGAGGCAUAAGACUGGUCUGGCUGAUCACAGAUACAGCUGGUCAGGGCUGAGGGCAAGGUGUCCACACGCCACCUGCCAUCACAGCUACCCCCGCCCUUCUGGAGGCCCCUCGGUGCCUUUGCUGGCUGCAGAAGUGGGGCGCAGGCUGCCUGGAGGAGGAACAUCUGUGGCAGCCCCCAAGUCCACAAUCUGUGUUCCCACCAUGUUCCAAUACAGCUAUUGAAAUGGA